CAACCCAUUUUUAUCCUGCCGGGACAAAAAACCGGGUGGUUUUCGGACACAAUUUUUGAUCUUCAAAAGACGAUCACCGCGGUAACGUUAUUUUUAAAGGUCGCUCUUCGGCCGCUUUGUCACCGGCUGCUUCCUGGUUUCUCUUAUCUGCGUCGAGGUCCGAGGACGCGUGAGCUUUCGUUUCGUUUGCGCUGAAAUUCUGUCCUUCAUUAUGUGACACAUCGUCGGUAAAUUUGAACACAGGUGCACUCCGAACCAUGUUGUUCCUCCUCCUCCUCCUCCCGCUGCUGUCUCUCGGGGAUCUGGCCUGUGUGGAGAGGGUUCCGUCGCAACAAGAAGCCCGAGAAGUGUUUGUAGAUGACGGGGACGCCAACGGCUUCCUGGGUCGCCGGCUGCUGUUCAACCGGUUUGACUUCGAGGUUUUCGUUCCUGGAAACCUGGAGAGGGAGUGCAUGGAAGAAGUCUGCAAUUACGAGGAAGCGAGGGAGGUUUUUGAAAACAUCCCGAAAACAGAUGAUUUUUGGAAGCAAUACAUUGCAGAAAAGGACCAACAGGGCACACGGGUUGAUGUGACGUCUCUUUUGGUGGGACUGAUCGCUGUUGGUGUGGCCAUUAUCAUCACUGGACUUCUGCUCUGCUAUUUCUGUCAAGGCAAAUGCAAGAAUAUGAGCCGGGCAAACUCCGUCCAGGCGCGACCGAGGAGGAGUAAUGCUCCACUAAUAAUGCGACGUCUCGACGAGGUGUCCUCACAACCCGUGCUCCCGCCCCCUAUGGAGGAAAUAGACCCAGCGGGGUUGCCGUCUUAUGAGCAGGCGAUUGCAAAAAACGGACCCUAUGAUGCACCACCUCCUCCUUAUCCCGGCUCACGGCAUGGGACUAUUCGCCGGUAGUGACACAACGCAUGUCUCCCAACAUGAAGCAGACAAUUGAGAAGUAACAUUCACACUGUUCUACACUACUAGGUGUUAUACUUUUUUUUUUUUUUUUUCUUCAUCACAAGAUUUCAAGACAUGCAUUGUGCCUUAUGUUUAUUGAUUACUGAUUAUCUAUUUACACUCAUACCUUUUCUAAUCUUUCUGGCCUGGUACCUUUUCCUAACUGUUCAAUCUCCCUUCUUGAUGCGCGUGAGCAAGAACAUUGUCCCAUAUCUGUACUAAUUAUACGAAAUACGAUUUAUAAUACAUUUAGCCUGUUUUUUGUCUAAAUGCAAAUGAAAAAUCAAUUAUUUAUACAUGAGGGAUUUAAAUUGCAGGGGUGCCCAGGCCCUUAACGAGCAGUUGCUUCAGACACUGCCUGAUGAGAAAGACUGAGAAGAUGAUUAUUAUUGUGAUUCCUUACAUGAUAGGUAUUGCUUGCAAAUUAAGCUAAACAGAAUGAUCUGCAUAGUCGUACAGCUUCCUGUUUCCAGAAGAAAAAAUAGGAACACAACAGCUGGAUUGACUGGCAUUAUCAUUUAUAUAUAUAUUAUAUAAUAUUAGCUAUACAGAAAAAUCUUUUAAGGAAAAUACAAAUAUUUUUAUUCAAUGAUCUACCUUACUUGCUUUGUAAAAAAUCGUUGUACUUCAUGCUUUAUUUAAUCUUUUCUUAAAUUUUAUUACUGUUAAUACUACUACUGUAUAAACUUCUCUUGUGUCAUCAACCAAUGAGAAUACUCUUCUGAAAUGUGAAGUAAUGUUUAAUUUCAAUAUAUACAUUGCUGUUGUUUAUUAAAUGCUCUAUAAAUAGAUGGAGGUGAAAAGUCCCUAAAAGCAGUUUUACAAUAUUUUACAUUCAUACAGAGCAACAUAAAUCUAUAAAGCUGUGAGAAAGGAGAGCUAAAACAAGUCACUUACCUAUCUGUAAUUUUACAUGAAGCUGAUCUGUACCGUGACUACCUGAAGUGACAAUUUAUCUAAAUAUUUUUAAAUAAAGUUGAUAUUUAAAUUCU